AUGCCUGUCGAGGCUGCUCAGUUCCGGCGCGCACGCGACCAUCCUCGCUGGCCGUCGCUCGUCGCCAGCACCGCCGCCUCCGCCUCCUCCCCGCUUCCAGCCGAACAACGGCAGCAACGGCGCAAGCACAUCGCCCAACGGCUCGGCCUCGCUCUAUGCCCACAAUCCCACACCGACGAUCACAACACCUCUUCUUCUCCGAGCGGCGCAGGGGGCUCUGCAUUGGGCCCGAACUACAGCGCGCGCGAGGCGACACUGCGCAACGACUACGCGCAGCACUACGUCGACACGCACUCGCUGCCGUCGAAUGCGGUGCGCAAUCCGGACGCCUCGACGCGCUUCGACGAGUACCCCAAACUGAAGCGGCUGGUGGAGCUCAAAGAUGCGCUCGUCACACGCGCUGCCCAUCCACCCACUUUUCUACACGCCGAUCUUCGUCCCUCGCUGCUGCCGUUUCGCGAUCCACGCACUGUGGGCAAGUUUCACCUCGGCAGCCUCAUCCCCAUCAAGUACGACGUGGUGCUCAUCGACCCGCCGCUCGAAGCGUAUGCGUGGGAAGCCACGCCGACCGCAUCCACGUGGACGUGGGGCGAAAUCGCCGCUCUGCCAAUCCCCAAUCUCGCAGCCAAGGAGAGCUUUGUCUUUCUUUGGGUCGGCAGUGGCGCAGGCGAUGGGCUGGAACGCGGUCGUGAGGUGCUGGCAAAAUGGGGUUACCGAAGAUGCGAGGAUAUCGUCUGCAUCCGAACCAACGCCGAUGGUGCCGAGGUGGAGGCGGGCAGCUCGGUGCUCACUCGGUCGGUGCAGCACUGUUUGAUGGGCAUCAGGGGUACCGUUCGACGCUCGACGGAUGUGCGUUUUGUGCACUGCAACAUCGACACGGACGUCAUCCUCUCCCGUGAGCGGGAUAUGCAGGCUAAACCCCAAGAGCUGUAUCAGCUCAUCGAAAACUUCUGCCUGGGCACGAGGAGGUUGGAACUCUUUGGACGCAAUCGCAACCUGCGUCGCGGUUGGCUUACCGUUGGACUUGAACUCGGACCCGAUUCCCCACAAUGGCCCACGAACGGCCUAGUACCACUGCCCAUACCCGGUCUUGGAAUGCUACAACAAGAUGCGCAUCAAGAUGCGUCGCUAUCGUCUCAUCUUGAGCAGCUCACGUAUGCGCAGGCCUAUGACAAGGCGAGGUACGAUAGUGCGUUUGGGGUGGAUCGACCGGGCUGUGAUCUGCGGGAUCGCAUCAACCUCGUGCCGUUCGACGACGCAGUCGAAGCGCUGCGUCCAAAGUCUCCACCUCCCCGCAUCCGCACGCCUGCACACAGAGGCAUGCCCAACGGCCUCAGCAACAACCCAGCCCUCCAAAACCCCCCGCCGCAUCCUACACAUCCACCACCCCGAACAGCACGAGGUGCCGGACUCUCAGGGCUCGGUGCAGGAGGUCGACGCACUGUCAGCGUCCCCAGCGGAAGCGACACCCUCAGCGGCCCCCAAGCAAGCGUCCUCAAAGCUAAAUCUCUCAAACCUUCCUAA